GCCCCCACCCAGCUCCCCUUUGCCAUCAUCCUCUUCCCCAUCCAAUCCUCCGCCGCUACCAAAUCCUCCCCGACCUCUUCUUCAAUACCAACGCCGAUGACCUGUCCCUUCCUCCAACAUUCCGUCAUCGCCCAAUACCCCCAUUCCCACUCUUCCUCAACAACAAUCUUCUCCUGUCCCACGUCCUUCCACUCCCAUGCCUCAUUGCCGCCCCAUUCUCAAUCUCCCUCCAUUCACCACUUCACCUCGCCUGAUUCCCAUUACCAAUCCCACUACCUCUGCUCACCCUAUGGUCACUCGCAUAAAAACGGGAAAUCUCAAACCUCGUAGCCUUCUCUCUAACCUGCAUCUUGAUGACACGCCCACUACUGUGACACAGGCCCUCAAACAUCCCUACUGGCGCUCGGCCAUGGCCGACGAGGUUACUGCCCAGCUACUGAAUCAUACAUGGGACUUGGUCCCUCCUCCACCCAACUGCAAUAUCCUCUCCAACAAAUGGGUUUAUAGAACCAAGCUUCAUCCAGACGGCAAACUCGAUCGACGACGGGCUCGUCUCGUCGCGCGUGGCUUUGAACAGAUUCCGGGUCUCGAUUUUCAGCAGACUUAUAGCCCGGUUCUGAAGCCGGCUACUCUUCGUCUGAUUCUCGGUCUGGCCGUUACCCAGGAUUGGCCUCUCCAUCAAAUUGAUAUUGCUAACGCCUUUCUUCAUGGUGAGUUACAGGAACCUAUCUAUAUGCAGCAGCCGCCUGGUUUCGUUGAUCCCGACAAGCCGGAUCAUGUUUGUCGACUUCGGAAAUCGAUAUAUGGACUUCGACAGGCACCCAGAACGUGGUUCCAAUGUCUUGCCGCUGCUCUCUCUCAGUUUGGCUUCUCAGUUUCACACACUGAUCCAUCUUUGUUUAUUUACAAGACUGGUGUCACUGACUCGCUAAAACACAACACCUAACAAUGGCCAAGUGUAACCAAUGAAAGUGACUGCAGUAUAGUGACUCAAGUAAUAAAUAUCGAAUCCACGGGUCUCUAGAGUUACUAUUACUCAGCUUCAGUUCAUUAUCUAGCAAACCAGAUUAAGAUGGAAGAACUAAAACUACUCUAACAAACUACAGUUAAAGUUAAUCUAAUUACAGGUUGGGAACUCACUUAGGUAUGAUUCCCCCUAGCCACUAGCCAGAUUAAUGAUUGAUGAUCUCUAACCUGUUUCAGUUUCAUUCACAAUGCAGAGAAUCCUUGACUAGACCUUGAGUCUCGACUAAAGGAACAAGACCCUAUUGAGUCAAUUGCCUAGAGGGACGUAUCCUUCUCCAGAACAACCAAUCAAGGCGUUCUGAACUAGACUCCCUCUAUCGAAAGAGGUUCUCAAUCGAUACAAAGCAGUGAAUCAACCCUCGACUAAGGCAAUCGAUCCAAUACUGUCAAUCUAUGGUGCUCUAUUGACCUAAUCAGGUAUUCGCUCUCAUAGGAUCAACGCAGAAUCAAUAAUCUCGACUAAAGCAGAAUUGAAUCAUGAAAACGUGCAUAGAUUGAAUAUGAAAUCAAGAUUAUCAAGUAAGAGUACUCAUACAAUCAUCCAAUCAAACAAACAUAGCUAGGGUUCCUCAAAACCUAAGUGAAGGGAAGCUCCAUAGAGAAGAGAGAGAGUGCAGUAAGAAUCUUCAGAUGAUCAGUAUUCAAGUCCGGGCUUGUUCCUCGAGCUUCCAAGGCAAAGAAAUCCUCCAAUUCCACUCUUAGAAUGCCCUCAAAUCGCCCUCUCUCUCUUUGGUUCGUCCCUUGGGUGUUUGGGAUCCAAAACCCAGCUCUCCCUUUCCUUUGGCUUCAAUCUGCCUCAAAAACCCGAUUCUGGGCAAAACACGGUCGAGGACACGGCCGUGUUUUACUUUUUCCCGCCCGUGUUUUUCCCCCAGCAUCCCUCAUCGGCCAAAACACGGUUGUGCCUAAAUAUGGACACGACCGUGUUUUUACUGCCGAACUUGUUCCACUAUAUUCAAUGCUUCGUUUCUCCCUCGUCCGGACUCCGAAUCAGUUGCCGUUUGAUCCCAGACACUUGUAGUCUCGUCCUAUUUCUUUUCAUGACAAGCUUGCAUGAUUCUUUGUCCAUAAAGUGAGGUAGAAAUCCAUUCUUCUUCAGGUCAUGCCUGAGUUUCUUCUCCCUAAUCGCCAAUUGAUAUGUGGUUGAUUUGAAACUUGCGACUAUGCUUCACUUUAUGUGAUAUAGGACCUGAAAUGUGACAAAGGAACACAACUUAGCGUAAAAUAGGCCAAAGACGCGAUAAUUAAAGCUCAAACAGUCAAGAAACAAAGGGGAAAACAUGUGCAAAUAUCGAGUCAUCAAAUCCCCCCACACUUAACUACUUUGCUUGUCCCCAAGCCAAUCUGACUCAAACCAAUGCAACUCUCCAGACCUCUAUAGCAACAAACAUCCCCGAUCCUCGGUAGAGGACUUUCUAGAUCAUAAAGCAGCUUACGAGGUCAACUGGUCUUCUAAGACAUCCCCUAUCUCUCUCAAUGCGAGUACUAGACUCAAGCCAGGAUCAUGAGAAGAAGUAGAAGUAAGAUGGUCAGUUCAUGGAUAAAGGGACUCACACCAUUCAUAACCAAGGACUCGUUGUACUGGGGGUGCUCUUUCACUUCAUUUCACCGUUGGAACCCCUUUUUCACUUUCAUUUUACUUUUUUUUCUUUCUCAUUCACUUACCGGGGGUUCCAACUGCAUUCUUUUGCAUGGUCGACCCUUAUUAGUCGAGCAAGAGCAAUUUCUGUACAUCUAGCGGUCGCCAGAGUACUUCUUUUAACUCCUUUUCCUCAACUCGUGUGGAGGGUCAAUGAAAUUAAGGGGGGUCG